AUGUUAACUGACGCAGUGCCCCCCACGCCUUCCUACCACGCCCUCAUACCUAACCCUCGUACCUACACGCCCCCACCACCACCCUCAUACCGAUCCCUGGUACCUACACGCCUCAUACUCGAUCCUCGAUCCUGGUACCUACACGCCCUCAUACUCGAUCCCUGGUACCUACACGCCCUCAUACUCGACCCCUGGUACCUACACGCCCUCAUACUCGACCCCUGGUACCUACACGCCCUCAUACUCGACCCCUGGUACCUACACGCCCUCAUACUCGAUCCCUGGUACCUACACGCCCUCAUAUUUCGACCCCUGGUACCCUACACGCCUCAUACUCGAUCCCUGGCACCUACACGCCUCAUACUCGACCCCUGGUACCUACCACGCCCUCAUACUAACCCCUCGUACCUACACGCCCUCAUACUCGAUCCCUGGUACCUACACGCCCUCAUACUCGAUCCCUGGUACCUACACGCCCUCAUACUCGACCCCUGGUACCUACACGCCCUCAUACUCGACCCCUGGUACCUACACGCCCUCAUACUCGACCCCCAUCACCUAUACACCCUCAUAGUCGACUCCUAUACGCCCUCCCCGCCACGCCCAAAG